AUGAACAAGUCCGACUAUUCAGCUUGUCAUUAUGGCGAGCGCGCGAAUGAUUAUGUAAGCAGCAAAGUACACAGCGAAGGUCCCGAUCUCGCUGCGAUAGAACGCCAGGUGGUGGCCAGGAAGUUCGGCCGCGUUUUGGAUAUCGGGUGUGGUGGUGGACACGUCAGUUAUUGCGUGGCACCUCAUGUUGGUGAGGUUGUAGCCUGCGACGUGACACAGCAGAUGCUCACGAGCGUUUCGCAAGAGGCCAAGAACCGGGGUCUGUCAAAUGUGUCAACAGUUCAGUCGCCCGCGGAGAAAUUGCCAUUUGCAGACGGAGAGUUUGACGCAGUGUUUUGUCGCUUUACGACUCAUCAUUGGAGCGAUGCAGUCGCAGGGCUACGCGAGGCAAAACGUGUGCUAGCGCCAUCGGGUCUGGCUAUUUUCAUCGAUGUCACUGCUCCAGUAUCGCCGCUUUAUGAUAGCUGGCUUCAGACCUUGGAAUUGUUGCGGGAUGUCUGUCACUGCCGCGACUUCUCAGUUGCAGAAUGGGCAACUUUGUUGGCGGGCGCUGGUUUUGCUCUUCGUGAGGCCAGCACGCACCGUUUACCUUUAGAGUUCCAAAGUUGGAUUGCAAGAACAAAGACACCCGAGGAACGAGUCGCUGCGAUUAGAUCUCUCCAGAAGUGUGCUCCAUCUGACGUUACCGCGUAUUUUUCGAUACAAAGCGACGGAAGCUUCGAGAUCGAUGUUACCACGUUCAUUGUAGAGCCAGUAGUGUGA